AUGAACUACAUUCAAGCAUGCGAACGAUUGGACAUUCCCACGGAUGUGACAUUGGAAGAUGCCGAUUUGAAAAAGGCAUUCAAACGCGCCGCACUCAAGCAUCAUCCCGACAAGAAUCUAGCCAAUCCACAGGCAGCCAAGGAAAACUUUCAUCUCAUUUCCACCGCCUAUGACUUUCUCAGUCAAUGCGUCACCCGCCAGCAAACGGGGCCCAAUCAACCACGGUAUGCCACGUCGGAUAAUCCAAAUGGGAUGAUGUUUGAUGACGAUGAUGAUGAUGAUUACUAUGAUGAUGAUUAUGAUGACGACGAUGAGUGGGUGGAUAUGCACGAUAUUCUCUUUCGAUCCUUCUUUUCACAUUUUCAUCGUGGUGGACCGUCGUUUGGAGGUGGUGGAUUUGGGCAUGGACACCACUUUCAUCAUCAUCAUCAUCAUUCACCUCGUCAACACCAACAACAACAACAUCAAUAUCAAUAUGCCAAUGACAAUGUGGAUGAUUUCUUUGAACGCUGCGCCGCACAACAACGCCGCAAACAAGAAGCACAAGAACGAGCCCGACAAAAAAAGGAAGAACACGCCGCCUACAUGGCCGAGAAGGCACGCAAGGCAGAACUAGAAGGACGAGAUUUCUUUGAAAGUUGGAAUAUCAAGCAACUUCAGGGAGAAUGUCAACGACGGGGCAUUUCCAUCAAGGGAUUGCAGCAAUCGCAGAUUGUGGAGAAACUGAUUGCCGAUGAAUCCAACAAACGAUUGCGACGCGAAUUGAAACUCGAAGCGCCGCUACUCGAUGAAUGGGCCGAAGUCAUACCACAUAAUACCAAGCGACCCGAAAUGAAUGGAAUCAAAGUGCGAGUCAUUGAUUUCUAUGAUGACAAGUACACUAUCGAAUGGAAUGCCAAUGCGGGCAAGAAGAAAAAGAAGGGCGCAAAGGGUGACAAUGGUCGCGAGUCGAAACAGGCCAGGGUCAAGCCGGAACAUUUGCGAUUGUGGGGAACGGGGGAUCCAAACAACGACAACAACAAUACCAAUAACAGCGCUGCAUCCAGUACGAGUGAUAAGGAAAACGACAAUGGCAAAGAACCGCGACAAGGCAAAAAGAAGAACAACAACAAUGCUGCUCCAAAGGAAGGUGCCACUCCAAAGAAGCAAGUUCCACCAGAAGCACGCAACACCAAGUGCUGUGCCAUUUGUCACAAGGAACAUGACAUGGACGAUAACAAGAGCCAAGACGACGACAGCAACAGCAAGACUGUCGUUCUUCCUUGUGGCCACAUUUUCUGUGUCGAUUGCUGUGGGGAAGGCUUUGUGCCCCACCAAAACAGCGAGGUGGAAGUACGAUCGUGUCGGGUUUGUCACAAGGCGGAUCCAGGGGUGCACGCCGUUGCCUGUCUCCCGUACGUUCAGGAUCUACAAGAUCCACCGCCCGAGCUCUUGGAGACCAUUUACAAGGAGUACUCGUUGAUUGUCUUGUGCGAGAGCGUCGAUGCCCUGGAGAAGAAGCAGGAAAAGGAAUUGGCAGCGUUGGACACGCAAAAGAGCAAGGCAUUGAAGGAAAAGAAAGAUGCCAUUCAGAAAACGAUGGGCGGUAACAACAACAAGGAUCACAACAAAAAGGGGAAACAAAAGAACAAGGAUGAGGGGAAACUAAUGAAGCAAGCUCAAGCGGCUGUGGAGUCCGAGUUCAAGCCCAAGCGAGAGAACUUGGUCCGACAGCACCAAACGGCUUGGCGCUCCGUCGCCAACAAUGGGUCUAUGAAGGAACUAGAACAGGAACGAGAUGCCGCCACGGAAGAAGUCACCAAAGCCAUCGGCAAACACUACCGCCGAGCCUCGAUCAAAGUCCAUCCUGAUCGCCAUGGCGACAAGUUUCAGGCGGAAUUCGAAGCUCUCACAAAAGCGCGGGAUACGCUUUCGGAUGUAGCACUGCGCCACAAGUACGUGGAGCAGAUGUUACAGAUUGUUUGUUCGGUCGGCACGAUGUGGGUUGCUUCGUCGCACAAGUCUUGGGUAGAAAAACAUCAGCAGAAGAAGAAGAACUCGGAUGCACCUGGGAACCAGGCUCCCAAGGCCAUUGAAGGAGGCCUGAUGCAUACGAAACCUCGUAAACCCGGUUUUGCCAUUUUGAACGUGGGAGAGCGUCGCAUUCGUGUAUACUUGCGCGUUCGUGGAGGCUCGUGGUACGAGUUCAAUUCCUAUUGCCAGUCGGUUCAUAUCGUGGGGGAACGAGCGGACGCCAACAACGAGGUAACGGGGGAAUACAACAAGACCAUCAUCAAGGACAAUUUUACAACGAAACUUGCGGGCGAAAUUGAGGUGGACCUGACUCUGCCACAUCAUGGUUUGUGGGAUAUUCGUUGGUCGUUCACCGUCGAAUUGGAAUCUGGAGAUACUGACGAGUCGGAGCUAUCGACAGAGGCCACUGUGGACCUCGUUUCGCCCAAGUUCAAAGCCCAAAUGAGUCACAUGAAAUCGUUUGAAGGAGUUGCUCAGCGUCGUACGAUGGAGCUCCUCGGAGCGCUGCGGAAGCUGUCGACUACAACGGGGACACACGCCAACGCUCAGAGUCGCUACGAAACGCUUCGGGAAGCCACGUUGAAAGCGAAGCACUGUGAAUUCCAUUUGGAAAAGGCCAUGGGGACAGUGGGGGUCAACGUGACGUCUCCUGACACUCCACUGGGUGCGCUUCGUUCUGCGCUUGUCCAGGCAAAGCCCCUUUUGGAAGAGCUGGAUGGAGCCCUGGCGAAGCAUGAGAAGCGCGUGACAAAGAAAAAGUUCAAGCAGGCUGUCUACGACGUUCUAGGCGCCGGCGAGGGCAGUGCUUGGGUGGCUACUGUCUCCGAAGAUACCCUGAAAGAUGAGAUGUCGGGUGACUCCAACCGCUUGUAUCAGCUGCUCAUGGAAGGCAAGAAAGCCUACAAUUUAGAACUCGUGGAUGCGGCAACGUUGUGCGCUGCAGCUGCCCGUGAUGACAUCUUCUCGGCCAAGCAGCUUGGGGCACUGGCGGAACGUGCGGAUGAAAGGGAGAUCAAGGCUGCAGAAGAGGCUGGACGCGAGAUAAUUGAGAGUGAAAAGCGUGAAGCCCUUGAGAAUGAGCGCGUCUCUAUGGAAAAGAAAGCAGCUCGGCUGAAGUUUGAACGCGGUGCAAUUGUGCAAAUCAAAGACUUGAAGAGCGAACCAUCUCUGAACGGACGGCUUGCCCACUACAUGGGCAUCGGUUCUGGGGAACGCUACGUUCUCCGCCUGAAUGAAGGACGAGAGAUUGCGCUGCGAAGGUUCAAUUUCAUCAAGUGGUCGGGAAUCGGCAACGCCAAUUGGGGACCUCCACCCGGCAAAAACAAGAAGUCGCACUCGUGGUCUUGCAACUGUUGCACAUUCCUCCACGAAGGCUACGAUGCAAACGAUCUGAAUACAUGUACGAUAUGCGGAACAUCGCGGGAUGAAGCGAAGAAGCAUGGCCCACUUGAGAACGUCAAAAUGAAGGUUCCUACCACCGCCGUCAGCGCCAAGAAUGGAGAUGGCUCCGCCAACCCAAACAGACUCGAUCAUCACGCUUCCAGCAAUGGACAGUAUCACGGCAUGGAAUCGAUGAAAUCUACGACGGAGACUCCUAUUUCGAUCGACGUGUCUCUCGAAACGCCUCAUUCGGGAAAUACUGAACCUUCCAACUUGCAGCCACCAGUAUCAAUGAAAUCCGCUGCCACAAAAACUCCCCCGCCAAAGAAACAGAAUCCCGGCAAGGAGCCAAAACCCGCAGAGGCAAAGCCUGCAACGAAAUCUGCUUCCAAGGCUUCGCAGCGAGAAACUCGAAAGCUUGCCAAUAAUCAUCCAAAACCUCAAGAGGCGCAAGCAGCAAUCAAAUCGGCCCCUAAGACCCCCGAGCGAAAAAAUGGGAAAACUGCGAAUCAUCCAAAACCUGAAGAGGCAAAAACAAAAACAAAAACAACUGCGAAGAAUAAGCAGCCGAAGCCCGAUGCGACCAAGCCAACAGUCCUUGUGCCAUCGGCUGUCUUUGGUUCUCCCAAGUCCCGCAAGAGCACUCGGUCUGCCGAACAGAAGGGGCAAGCCACUCAACCCAGCAACCCCCCCGACGAUGUCCAUGCAGAAGCCCAUGUCAACUCCGCUUCCAACGCUAAGCCUUCAGAGCAGACAACUACGCAGCUGGCUGAGCAAACCUCACAACCCACUUCCAUGCAGAAGACUCCUGCAGAAAAACCACAGAAGGCCAAGCGGUGCAGAUUUGGCAUGCAUUGCAAGCGUUACAAGAGCGGCAAGUGCAAGUUCGCCCAUUCUGCCGAGGAUAUUGCUUCGAUGAAGGGCGAAAUUCCUGGAAGCGAAGCGGCCCCGAAGGAACACAAGGAUCCUCCGGCCACUCCCUCCACAGAGACCGAAUCUGUGAGUACUCAUCGGGUCUCUGAGUCUGUGGAAGACACUGAUUCGUCUUCCAAAUUGAUCGAGCAUACCAUGUUGAUCGACAAGACGAAGGUGGGCUUCAUCUUUGGUGGGCCCAAAGGGCAGCGCCUCAAGAGCAUGUCAAAGAAAAGCAAGGCAUCCAUCCGUGUGAACGGGAACGGCCAUGUCCGCAUUUCUGGACCUACGCAACAAGCUGUGGACAAGGCUGUGUUGUUGAUUGAAUCAAGAGAUGCCAAGUUCGUGCCACGAAAUGGAAGCAAUGUUUCGAAUUGCACAAGUACCAUUCCCUCGGUGAUCAAUGGCUCCACAACGCCAGCGAAGAAUGAAGAGGAAGGCCAGGACGAUCUCCUUUCGUUUCUGCGAUCACACAGCAAGGCGCUGAAGACAUCGCCCGAGGCUUUCUGCGAGUGGCUAACCAGCGAGGAUAUUACGACGCUAGCUGACCUUGUGGAAGCUUGCUCGGACGAGAAUUUUCUCGGGGAAGUCUUUGAAAAUGGUCUGAAGAGAUUCUCCCGUCAUUCGUUCACCAAGAGCGCUGCGGAAAUCGUCAACAGUCGCUCUGCCAGCGGGUAG